AUGGACAAGGCAAAUCCUUUGAGUAGUCCAAUGAUGGGUAGAACACUUAAUAUUGAAAAAGAUCCCUUUAGGCCUAAGGAAAGUAAUGAAGAAGAUCUUGGCUCAGAAGUAUCAUACCUUAGUGCCAUUGGAGCACUCAUAUACAUUGUUAACUAUACAAGACCCGAUAUAGAUUUUGCAGUGAAUUUACUAGCAAGAUUCAGUUCAUGCCCUACAAAAAUACAUUGGAAAGGAAUAAAGCAUAUAUUUCGAUAUCUUCGAGGUACCACUGAUCUUGGUUUAUUUUAUUCUAACAAUACAAAACCAGUUUUGCUUGGUUAUGCAGAUGCAGGAUAUUUGUCAGAUCCACAUAAUGCUAAAUUACAAACUGGAUAUAUAUUUACAUCUGGUAACACUGCAAUAUCAUGGAGAUCGCAAAAACAAACACUUGUAGCAACUUCUUCAAAUCAUGCUGAAUUAAUUGCCCUUCAUGAAGCAAGCAGAGAGUUUAGAUGGUUACGACCGGUAACUCGACAUAUCCAAGGAGCGUCUGGUUUGCCAAUUGAUAAUAAUCCAACAAUUUUGUAUGAAGACAAGGCUGCAUGUGUUACCCAGAUGAAAGAAGAUCUCUUUACAAAGACACUUCCUACAUCGGUUUUUAAGAAGCAUGUACAAAAUAUUGGAAUGCGUCACAUUCGAGAUCUUUAA